AUGGGUGUUUUCCAGUACUGGCUUAACUGGAGUUCACCUGUGGUCAAUUCAGUGUUGUGUAGUUUGCAUCCCGAGUGUGAAUAUAUCUUUCAGCUGGCGAGAGAUGAACAGCGGUGUCUGCGAGAGAUCACAGAUCUGGGGAACCUCAGCAGCUCCUCAGGUUGUCUUUCAGUAUGGGAUUCAGUGGUCUGCUGGCCCAGUGCUGUGGUGGGUGAAACUGUCCACUCUCCCUGUCCUGCUGUUUUCUCUCUCUUCAAGAACAACACUGGUGUAGUGAGUCGAAACUGCACCGUCACAGGCUGGUCCCGACCGUUCCCUCCUUAUCAUGAGGCCUGCAGCUCUGAGGACAUGAUUGAUUUGCUCUCAUCUGUGCCUCAGGAGUCGUAUUUUGCCACUGUGAAGCUGAUCUACACUGUGGGCUAUGGAGCGUCUCUGCUCUCGCUCUCUGUUGCUGUGCUUAUACUGCUGCUCUUCAGGCGACUGCACUGCACUCGAAACUACAUCCACAUGCAGCUGUUUUUCACCUUCAUCCUGAAAUCUGUGGCCGUGUUCACCAAAGAUGUGAUGCUGUUCUCCAGCGACGACACAGAUCACUGCUCUCUGUCUACUGUGGCCUGUAAAGCAGCGGUGGUGUUUUGUCACUAUUGCGUCAUGUCUAAUUUCUUCUGGCUGCUGGUUGAAGCCGUGUAUCUGAACUCUCUGCUGGUGUCCGUGUUUCUGCGCAGACGCCGCUGUCUGUGGGCUUUUGCUCUGUUGGGCUGGGGUGUUCCACUGGUCUGCAUCGUCCUCUGGAUCUUCUCCAGGCUGUAUUUUGAAGACACUGAAUGCUGGGACAUAAAUGAAGAGUCUCCUUAUUGGUGGAUCAUAAAGGGCCCUAUUGUAAUAUCUAUUGGGGUGAACUUCCUUCUCUUCUUGAACAUUAUCAGGAUUCUGAUGCAGAAACUGAACCCUCGCUUGAUCCAGUUCAACAAUUCAGACCAGUACAGGCGACUGACCAAGUCCACGCUCCUGCUCAUCCCUCUCUUCGGCAGUCAUUACAUGAUCUUCAGCUUUCUCCCAGACUACUUCAACAUGGGCUUGCGGCUCUGCAUUGAGCUGUGUCUGGGCUCCUUCCAGGGCCUGAUUGUGGCAAUUCUCUACUGUUUCCUGAACCAGGAGGUUCAGAAUGAGAUACGGUUCCGAUGGCUUCGGUAUCAAGAAGGAAGUUAUGCUGUUGUCCCUGUCGGAGUGAAAGGAAGUCAGAUGGACACUCCAGUCUAG